UAACCGUAAAUGAUGCAGCAUUUUUCAAAUUGACUGGCAAUAGAAAGAUAAUGAUGAAUAUUUUAAUCCAAUUUGCAGUGUUCAUGAAUUUAUUUGGUCGAAUAGAUACUCGAAUUUGUACCAGUUAUUACAGCGAAUCAGAAGGAUAUAGAGUAAGCUGUGGCAUUUUUGGCUGGGACAGAUGCAGAAGAACUCGGUAUCAUCAAAGAGAAAACAAAUUUUGUUGUACCGGAUAUGUACCAUACCCUUAUUGCUAUCCACAAUGUAAUGGGCGAACAGUAUUAAAUAAUGCAUGCAACGAACCAUACACGUCAGACAGCAUUAUAUACAGAGGAGGCGGUUCAAGGAAUAGUGGAGGGGGUACCUGUUCAUCACCCAAUUACUGUACUAAUUGCCAAGAUGGAUUUUAUCCAUAUGGUGGACAGUGUUUAAUUUGCCCACCGAUAGACAGUUGUAAUCACAGAAGAUGUACGACGUCUAGCGACAAUUACUGUGCGUACUGUCAGUAUGAAAUUAAAGACAAACUGCACUGGAGGGCGUAUACAAGGCAUUAUGACGGACACAUGAAGCUAUGUAAAAAGGCAUGUUCUUGGCGAUCUGACAGUACAAGAUGUUUCCCAGGGCAGUGUACAAAUGAAACAGAAGAAACAUGUUCUUGUACAUCUGGUUUUGGAGGAAGUCAGUGCGACACAAUCACAGAAAAAACAACGAUUCUUUAUGCGGAAAUAAAACUUCACAACCCGUCACAUAAAACUGUCACAACACCACUGGAUCCUAGUGACACGGGACCACAACCCGUUAGAUUUACGAACAAGAACGACCUGAAUGCCACGGAAAUUGAAUUUCGGGGAAAGUUUUUAGCUUCCGGAAUACCACCUCCACACGACCCUACUGGGGAAACUCACUUUGUGACAGAUUUUGACUAUGGUAUUGUAUAUGGACAAAUGAAACUUGAAUAUAUAAUAGGCUCGAAUACCAGUACCCACACAUUCAGCUGUCCUGCAACGGUGGAUAACCCAAUUAAAACAAAUUACAUAUGUUCAAGAACACACACCAAAGGCAGUGCUGUAUCACUUCCGACAUUCGGUCACAGUGAUAAAUUAGUAUUUACAAUCGAUGCUAGAAACGGUGGUUUCUUGAAGUAUAUUAACAGAGAGACAUCCUCGACAAUUAAAUCGUAUCUUUCAGGGCAGACUACAACUAUAAGUUACACAGUGCAAUGGGAUUAUGUAGUCCCAUAUUAUUCUUGUGUUCAGCUACAUGGAACCGGUUGUACUGUUUCACCAAUAGAAAUACAAGAUGUAACUGAUCAGAGCAUUGUUACGUUUUCAUGGAAACAGUGGAAUGAUGAUUUGGCCGGAUUAGAUGGAUACGAGUAUGAAGUAUUUCAUUUACAACCUAAUGGUGACGUUCUAAUGGAAGGAGACAAAUUAACUUCGUCCAAUAGAACUUUGCCAUCUGUAUCAGAGAGUGACUUAAAUGUGACAACACCAGGAAUGUAUUCCAUUAUUCUGACCGCUUAUGAUAAAGCCGGAAACUAUAAAUCUACUAGAUCUUUAUUUUUCUUUGACGACAAUUCACUUGUGGAAACAACAUCUGGUACCAGAAUGAUAGUCACCGAAAGUACUUUGGAAACAAAUUAUGAAUGGGUAACUACGGAAUCCAGUUUACUACAUGUCACGUGGCCUGGACGAUUUAUAAAUGAAAGACAUGAUAUUUAUAAAUGGCUUCAUAAAAUAGAAAGCAAUGGUCAUGUUGAUAGUACUUACGAUGAUAAAUUUGGAAGACGUACUGUAGAUUGGUUUACAAAUAUUAGAGGUGUCGUCAAGUUUGAUAUCAACUUUACAGUGACUGGACCCGAUGUUAAAUCGUUCCAAGGUUAUACAGAUGUACCAGACAUCCUACAGGAAUCUGAGAUUUUGUACGUCACGUGGGAAGAUGGACAAAAACUGGACAUUAGCGUAAAAGCUACUGACAUUAUUGGGGAAUACACAGAAGAUACAAUAACAAUUUAUAAAGACAUUUCCAAUCCGGAACUAGAAAACCUUUGGUUAUCCUAUGGCAACAAAACAGAAUUAUUUGUUCAUCGCUUAGAAGACCUAUCUUUAAUGACGUUCGAAUGGGAUACAUAUGAUUAUCAUAGUGGUAUAUACAGUGUACACUGGAAGAUGUUUGAUAAUUACACGGGAUCUGACGUACUCCAUGGAAGUUCACAUGUAACGGCACAAGGAGAUGCUUCCAAUAUGACUUCUUGUGAAGACAAAUAUCAGAACUCUCCUGGUGGACCCGAUUGUUAUUGUACCAUAUAUCAUGGAUGUUUCCACCGACAUUUUCAUGUUAAACCGGAAAUAGUAAUCGGAGCUGGUUUAACUCCCGGGAAAGAUAAGGGUGUUCAUGACUCGGACUAUUUCAUAGAAAUUACAGUUGUCAAUAAAGCCAUGCUUACAUCAGUUCUAACGAAAAAGAUAACUAUUGACAUAAGCCCACCACAAACAGGGACUGUUCAUGAUGGAUUGCCAGGUAGUCCGGAAGUUGAUUAUCAACAGGAAUUAUACCUGAAUUUCCAUUGGGAUGGAUUCUUUGAUCCAGAAAGUGGAGUAAAAUAUUACAAAUAUAUCGUAUCUGAUCAUUGUUGGUCAAAAGAAGUCUUAUUUCACAGCAAUGAGGGGAUAGAGACAUAUGAAACAAUUACAAAUUACGUCGCCAAAAAAGAGGGAAAAUAUCACGUGACGGUUAUAGCUGUCAACAGUGCGAACGAAGCAUCAGAUUCUAUUUGUUCUGAUGGUGUUACAAUAAUGACAGACACACCAGCUGCCACAAAUUUUGUUUUAGAUGGGGCUAGGAUAGGUCCUAUUCUUGUCAAAGACACCAGCAAUACACUGUGGAUUAUUGGAAAACAUCUUUCCAGGAUAGAAGUGAACGAUACUUCUCUUUGCAGCCACAUCACUUCAAUAACUGAGGAUAUUCAAUUGUUACCAAAAGCAGAUGAGAUAGAUAUAGAUUGUUCAAACUUACCGCCAGUAUCUUCACCGUUUAUAUCAGUUCUAUCAGGAACAUCACAGUUAAGCAUGAAAUGGGAUUCAAAUAUGGACGAAAUAUUUGUUCACGACUACCAUAUAGGACUAUCAUCUACAAAAAACAAUCCUGCUCCUGAUAUUUUAUCGUUCCGCUCAACCAAACACCACAAACAUUUCAGACUUAAUUAUCCAGACCUUACUGAAGGGAUAUUGUUUUACAUCAUCAUAAAAUCUACAAGUAAAGCCAAUGUUGAUGGUAUUCAGAGUUAUGGUCCUGUUGUAAUAGACGUUACAGCUCCAGUUUUUACUGGUUCACACAUUGAUAUGGAGUUCAAAGAUGGGUCACUUAUUGCUAAUUGGUCCAGGGCAGCAUUUACAGAUGGAGAGGAUCCUCAUCCUCUUAAAUAUCAGUUUGCACUAGGUCAUACUGCAGGUGGAACAGACGUUGUUUCUUAUCGUUCACUACAGUACAAUACCAAAUGUAUUAAGACAGAACCACCUCAUUGCACAGCUAUUGACACAUCGUCACUGGACUGGUCAUUACACGGACAUCAUAAUUACUAUGUCACCAUUAAAGUUACAAAUCUUGCUGAGUUGUCCACUACUCAGACAUCAGUGGUUUAUACACACGACAUACAGUUACCGUCUGCUGGGAUAGUGUAUGACAUAAAUCCAUACAAUGUCAAUGAUAGUUCUCUAAAGGACAUUAUUGACAUUGAUUUUUCUGUGAAGUUUGAUUCUCUUGCUGCAGAAUGGAAAGGAUUUUACCAUCCACACUUAUCUUUACAUUAUAAAGUCUGUGUUGGAAUGGUGAAAGGAAACUGUGAUGUUGCUACAAAAAACAACAUUGACAGUUCGACGCAUCAACAUGUAUUUGAAAACUUACUGCUAACAAACUUUGAGAAAUACUACGUAACCGUCGAAGCUGUUACCAAAACUGGUUCUAUCAAGAAAUCAUCAGACGGAAUUACCAUUAUCAACAAUGCUACAGAACUAUCGGGAGUAAUCAUUAAUGAUGGGUCUCUAUGCGCAGACCCUGUUGUCUUAAAUGGGAGUCAUCAUAUACGGGAUAUUAUUUAUAGAUGCGAAACCGAUGUAGAUUUCCAAACCUCGACUACAACUCUUUCAGCUAAGUGGGAAAUUCUAGACGACAAACUAAAACAAAUUGUUAGAAGUGCAUAUUGGAGCGUUGAACAACGAUCUCCAGUUGGAGAUAUGUGGCUACAGUACAGAGACUUCAGUUAUAUAGGAAGCCAAAGUCAUGUGAUAGUGAAUGAGUUAGAUCUACAGCCUGGUUUGACAUACAAAUUUACGGUAAAACUGUGUGCUGACGAUGUAUGUUUCCAAGCGAUCAGCAGCAAUGGUGUAACCAUUAUACCGAGCUACCCUGUAACUGGUUCUAUUGAUGUGAAAAUAGAAAUUCAAAAGCUCAUAGUGACCAUUACAGCUAUGUAUGACCCAGAUAUAGAAGACAGAUCGGAAGCAAUAGAUGCAAUGGAAAUAUAUGAAUGGGCUAUAUAUGAUGGUUCAUAUGGAGGCGGAUUGUUUGAAAAGUGGACUGAAAUAAACACCAUUAAGAAAAUAAACAACACUCAUGUUGAAUUUGAUAUAACUCUGUCCGGCGAAAUAGAUUUUGCGAAGUGCAAGCGUUUAUAUAUCAGAGGAGCUAACAAAGCUGGAGUUUGGUCUGUUGUGUCAACCGAUUUAAAACAGUGUCAUGUAGUUGACAGCCAUAGUCAGAUAAAAGCGAGAAAAGUAAUCGACGCACUUGGCGAAGCAGAUGGUAAUGAAGAUGGUAUCGGCGGUGAUGUAUUUCUUGAAGAAAACGCAGCUUGGAUACCAACGGAUGUAGACUAUACGCCUUUCAAGAAUGUUCUAUCUGCUGUUUGGCCUUCACUUAGACAUAAAUCAUAUCAGUGGGGAGUUGUUGAAGUAAACAGUAACAAUGCACAGACGUUCUAUAAAGAAUUCACAGAUGUUGUGAUUUCCGAUCCGUGCUCUCAUCCGAAUACAGUACUAUGUGGACAAACAGACAAAAACUACGCAAAUAUACAUUUUAAUGAAACUGAAUAUCUAACACAUGGAAAACGGUAUUCAGUAUGUGUUUAUGCACCCGAAACUAUGAUUGAACAUGAAAAAUGGAGAGAAACAUUGGACACAGUAACAUCAUGUAGUGAUGGUGUAACGGUUGACUUAACACCACCUGUACCCGGGAAAGUGUGGAUUGGUCCUGAUCCACUCAUAUUUUAUCAGACGUCUACAUCAGAUAUCACUGUGAAUUGGGAUUCUUUUGUUGAUGUCGAGGAAGAAAGACAUGCCAUGCACUCAUCUGGAAUCAAACAAUACUUCAUUUCAAUUGGUUCUGUUGAAGAUGGUGUGGAUAUUGUUGAUAACCACAAUGUUGGUUUGACUAACCAUAUGUCUUUCCAUAAUCUACAACUUCAGAACGGUCACAAAUACUUUGUCACUGUAAAAGGUCUUGACUUCAUAAACCGAACUGCAGAAGUACGAUCGUCUCCUAUAACUGUUGAUACAACACCACCAGAAUUAUCAGGAGAGUCAAUUUCUAUCAAGGGUAGACUGAUAUCAAAUCUGACUGUAAUACAGGCUUGUUGGGAAGACGUUUUUCUUGAUGUUCAAAGUGGAAUAGAUUACUAUACAUGGGGAGUAGGUUCACUUAGUGGUCAAGAUGAUGUCAUACCGUUUUCAGAAACUGAAGAAAAUUGUGGUGUGUCCGCAGAUGAUGUAAAUUUUGAUUUAACAGAAGGCCAUCCAUAUUUCAUAACAAUUAAGGCAUUUAAUCGAGCACAUCUGUCCACUACUAAAUCAUCAUGGGCCUAUAUAUUUGAUAUGUCACCACCAAAUGCCGGUCAUGUCUAUGAUGGCAGUAACAAUACACCGGAAUCACCUACAAAAGAUAUAGAUUACCAGAUGGAUAUGACGCAACUAUAUGUUUACUGGGAAGGUUUUCAUGAUCCACAUUCUGUAAUCAAAUAUUACAGUGUCCAUAUUGGGACAUGUUCUGGUUGUAAUGAUGUAAAGGCUGAACAAACUGUUGGAAUAAAUACAGAUUUUAACGUCCAAAACCUUAAUCUUCAGGCGGGUAUCAAAUACUUUUCCACUGUCACUGCAUGUAACACUGGAAACCUAUGUACAUCUGCUACUACUGACGGUGUUAUUAUUGACAACAGUCAACCUGUCCAAGGUGUAGUACAAGAUGGUGUAUAUGAGCAUGAUAUUGAAUACCAGUCGACAAGAAAUUACCUGACAGCAAAAUGGUUUGGAUUUGUAGACUCUCAAUCUGAAAUUGAUCACUUUGUUAUUCGUGCUGGAACAUCAAGAGGAUCCGGUGAUGUAUAUCCACCCACGAUUUUGACUUCUUUCGAUAUGAUUUUAUUGACAGAUUUACCUCACCAAUUACCUCUUAAUCAUCGCAUAUACAUAACAAUACGUGCCUAUAAUAAAGCAGGUCUUUAUUCAGAGGCAAUAUCCAAUGGUUUCGUAGUUGACAUUUCAGCGCCUGUCAUCAUCGAAAAACCUUCUUUAUCAGGUCAUUUGGGUACCUUUUUUGAUGGAACAACUGUCUUAAGAUCUGCAGUUAGAUUUCACUGGAAUGUUGAAGACAGUCAGUCAGCUAUACAAAAACAGUACCUUUCAUUGUCAUCACACAUAUAUGGACAAUUUAAUACCUCUUCUAUAACGGUAGCUGGCGUAAUUAGAGAAUAUACCUUGACAGGACUUGAUUUCCCUGAUGGUGGUUUAUACUACAUGAAAUUAAUUGUAUGUAAUGGUGCAAAGAUUUGCACAGAAAGCGAAUCUGACAGUAUCAUGGUAGAUACCACACCACCAACAUCUGGUAUGUUCGCUGUUAGUACAUAUCAUGCUGCAAACCUUCAACGUCAUACACUUCGUUCCAUGUCUUGGUCAGAAUAUCGUAUCAAUGUUGCUUUGCUGGGAUUUAACGAUCUCCAUUCUGGCAUCGACAAAUAUUACGUAUCCGUUGGCAGUGAAUUUAUGGCUUAUGAUUUAAACAAGGUACCCGGUUCGCCAAUGGAAUUUCAUCACAACGAUUCCGGUAUUCAGUAUUUGGAUGAAGGCCCUCUGCAAUUCUUUGUUGUUUCUACUCAGUUAUUGAAAAAUUACAAUCAUGUUUUUAUCAGCGUUUGGGCAGUAAAUAAGGUUGGAUUAAGAAGUUCGAUGAUACAUUACAAAUUUCAACUUAUUUCUGGAGGUUACUUAGAUCUGAUCAGACGUUGCACGGCCCUGACUUGCCUUGGCCAUUGUAUUUGUUCACCAAAAUAUAAACGUUGUCAUCUGAACGGAGAUUCAUGUACUAAUGUGACCACAGAUAAAAGAAAUACCUUAAUUGCAAUAUCUGAUAUCAUUGAUCUUUCUGACGACAUGGAUGUGGAGUUUACACCUUCCAAGACCUUUCUGUCUGCAAAAUGGAAAAUUAGUAAACAGCAAGGAUUAUCUCCACUUUGGUAUGAAUGGAGUGUUGGCUUAACUACUCAGGAUUUACCUGAAGGUGUUAUUGAUUCAACUAAGGAUCCAUUAUGGCAGCAUUCCGGACAAAACAUGGAGGCUACCUACUCCUUAAAACGAGGCCAUGAGCUCACCGAGUUAUUGACGUAUUCUGUUUUUGUACGAGUUUGGUAUAAUAGCAAAACAUAUGCAAUAUUUAAAUCAAACGGAGUCACCGUUCAGGCAGAAGAAGUUCACGUGAUUACUCAGAGAGGUGCUGCGGUUGCUGAAAAGGUUCCAUCAUUCUGGAAAAAUGACGUCGAUUUUAUCUUACCCGGCUCUUUAUACACUGUCGUAUGGAAAAAUGUUUUUAUGGCUAAAGUUGGAAGCGUACAAAAGUUUAAUCUUUACAUCAGCACUUUUAAAGGAGGUGCAGAUCAACACAAAAUAAAUAUCGACAUUGAUUCGUCACUAGAUGCUGUCAAUAUAAGUCGACUAACAAUGAGUCCAGGUAUUGUUUACUACAGCAAUGUCGUCGCCUAUACUUUUUCAGGCCUACAAACUGUCGUGUCAUCAGAUGGCAUAAUGGUUGACAGUAGUUCGCCUAUAUCCGGGAUUGUAUAUGAUGGCUUGGGUCUUCAUGAUAUCAAGUACCAAAAUAAAUCAGACAUUGCAUCAGCAUCAUGGCACGGAUUUACAGAUACAGAAUCAGGUGUCAUUAAGUAUACGUGGUGUGUAGGUACAAAUAGGAAUGAUAAGAAUUGUGACAUUGUACCAUGGAAAAAUAUUGGAAUGCAUACAUCAGUUUCAACAAGCUUACAGAAUCAUAUAAAUAAUGGUCAAAUAAUUUACAACAAAGUUAUAGCUACUGACGGAGUCGGUCAUACCACCGAUAUAACUCCGUCUUACGGGGUAACUAUAGAUACAACACCACCAGUACCGAUCUUGUUUUCGCAUGUUGCAGAUAACUUCGUAACAAAUCCUUCAUUUGAGGAAACAAACGGCUGUUUUAUGGACAUAAAUGAUAUUUCAGUCUAUAACCUGUGUGAUAAUGGUAAUUGUUACCAACCGUUUUCAUGGAGUAAAGUUGGUUGCUUAGCCGCUAUAAAAUCUGAUGUUGACACCGCUUAUGAUGGACGAUCUUUCAUCUAUCUAAAAGGGUCAAUACAACAAAAUAUACAGCAGCUUUCAUCAGGAAUUUUGUAUAAGUUAUCAUUUGUAACUAGUCAUCCGCCUAUCACUACAGCUGUCGUUUCUAAUAUAGAAGGAUCCGUCAAGUUUGGUCACAAGAAAUAUGUAUUUCACAUUUUUACAAAAGAAAAUCAAAGUGAUAUAGUUUGGCACCUACAUACAUUUUACUUCAGACCAAAUACAAACAGUUCUGAAGUGAUAAUUAGCAAUCUCGACAGAAAUAUUGGUUUCCUAGUUGACAAUGUAAAGAUUCAGGCAGUCAAAGUACAAUCAAACAGCGCUAGUGAAACGCCAGUUCAAGUGCAUACCGUAGGCCUUUAUCGCUGGUCAUCUAUACAUGCUUCGUGGAAUUUUGUGGAUUUUGAAAGUCCGAUUACUGAAUAUCUCUGGGCUAUUGGAAGUACAAAAGGUAAUGCAGAAAUGCAGCAUUUUCAGAGUGUUGGUGUUAAUAACUUUGGUUACAAUUACAACAUAACAUUGGCUCAUUCGUCACAAGUUCAUGUCACAGUAGUAGCUAUCAAUGCUGCUGGUUUACAAGCUAAAGCUUAUUCAACUGGAGUAGAUAUUGAUAAUACACCGCCGGUCAUUAACCAGGUUCAUGAUGGAGUAGGUGUAGAUAUUGAUGGACAAACAUCUAAUAUCAUAUCAGCUAACUGGGAUGUCAUUGAUCCUGAAUCUGAUAUUGAUUAUUGUGAAUGGUCAAUAGGUCUUCAGUCGUAUGGAAACGAACUUCAACCGUUUACAAAGACAACAGACGUAAUAUCUGCAUCCAUUUCGUUUGAUGAAUAUAUCAUAUCACAGAAGACAGUAUACAUCACUGUUAGGUGUCACAAUAAUGCAGGUUUAUUUUCUACUGCUACAUCAGAUGGUGUUACAAUAUCCGAUAUUCCUCCUUCUAGUGACCAUGCUGUGAUAACAAUCAUUCCUCAAUCACUCACUGAAUAUAGUCCUGGUGAUUACUAUCAACAAGACAAAACUUCUGUGAGGAUAAAAUGGUCCGGAUUCACAGAUCAGUUUGGUAUUAUGUCUUUUGUUGUUCAGUUUGAUGGAGAUAGUAUUCAUUUAAAGAAUUCCAUUCUGGACAUCAACAAACAAGUGUCUUACAUGGUGAUGACAGGCUUAGAUCUACCUGAUACCUCAUAUACUGCCAGUAUAGCUGCUACGAAUUCUAUGUAUAUCCGGAGUAGUAAGAUUUACACCAACAUAACAGUGAACACAACAACUCCAACUGUUGUUUAUGGGUCUAAACUUUCUACAAUAAAAAAUGGCGAUGAGAUAAUUAUCAACUGGAAUGACUGUUUUAUUAACUCUGGAAGUCUUGUAUAUGAAGUAUCUGUAGGAACUACACAAGGUGGCGCUGAUGUCAUCCAGUGGCAGGAAACUAAAAACACUUUUAUCAAUAUACUGCUUACUGAGAAACUGAAAAGUAAAUCAAACCUCAAUCUGUUCUUUUUAAUUAGAGCUAUUGACCACAACGGGGCGUUUUCCUCAUUAAGUGAUGAUAUUUCUGUGUAAUAAAGGCAGCUUAUAUUCAUCUCAUGUUCAAUAUUUAAGAUGUAAUACUGUGAUUUUAAUAAAAAUUCCAUUUAGAAAGGAAAAGGUAUAAUAAGAUCGCGUUUUUGUAGCUUGAAUUUUUAAAUAAAGAAGUAAUAUAAAUCUACUAAAUAACAUUUUUCAGAUUUUUUCAGAUUCCAAAUAAUGGCUCUUAUCAUACCUCCUCCUUUGUCCUACAUCAUUAUUUAUCAAUUGUCCUGGGUUUUUUUUUUGUCAAUGUGUGUGGUUAAUAUAUUUCCCCUUGCUAUGACUUUCUAUAUUGUAUCCAACAUUGAAUCCUGAAUAAGUUAAUACAGAUGUUAAAUAGUAACAUGGUUUGUGUGUUUUGAUUAUAAAUUAUGAUUAUUUGUUGUAUAAUUUUUCAUUCAGUUUACAAUAUGUAUACUUCUAUAUGUGAAUCUUGGUUUCAAUCUGUCAGAGGACAAUUUUUGAUAUUUGUUUUAAAUGAAUAUUUUGCAUAAUGAGAAUGUAAAAAUUAAAUAAAGCAGAUUUUAAUAAACCAACACGUGCAAAGGCUAAUGCAUAUCACUAGGCUUAUUUUGCCUUUCAGACUACAGUAAUGCAAGAUACAGUUAUGCAGGUGUAGAUUUUUUUGUGUUCAGCACAAACCAUGAUAGAACUCCUCGAUGAGCCAUAUACAUUUUAUUCUAAGGCUGAUAGUCUUUUCCCUCUAUCUAUAUGUUUUAAUUAAUUAAACCGAAAUACAAUGCGCGUUUCAAUUUAAUUUUGCUGAUGUAUUGUGUUUAUUUGUGCUGUAUUACUUCAUUAUGUCUUCAGGAUUACUACUAUCUUGUUUCAUAUCUUCUUUGCAAUCAGGGGAGAAAUGACAGCUUCGGUGUCGUGUCCAAAACUUGUCCAUGUCACGUUUUACGAUUUCAGCGGCUCUUCAUUGAAAAAGAUAAAUUUGUCAAUGUUUUUUAUUAAAAUGAACUCCCUAUUCUAUUUUAUUUUAUUAUAUAAUGAUAAUGUUAUUCAUUUGUUGUGGAUACAUUUGAUCAUUAUAAAGAUAUUUUAAUGGCGGGAGUUUUUACCCCAUCUCAAAAGACCGACUACAAUGCAAUUCUUAUAAGUUGUAUGUUUCAAAGAUCGAUCUGAUGAGUUAAACCCUUUUCAACUGACUUUUAUAGUUUGUUCUUAUGUUGUCCUGUAACACGACUGUCGCAGGUUAGUGGGAGUGUUGAGCGAACAUGUUUUACCCCGCCACAUUCUUUAUUUGCCUGUCCCAAGUCAGGAGCAUGUAGUUCACUGGUUAUCGUUGGUUUAUGUCUGUCAUAUUUGGUUUUUGUUUGUAAAUCAUUUUGUUAUAAAUUAGGCCGUUAGUUUUCUCAACUGAAUUGUUUCAUAUUUUUCAUGUCGGGGCCUUUUAUAGCCUACUAUACGUUAUUUGUUUUUGUCAUUACUGAAGGCAGUACGGUUGCCUAUAAUUGCUUACAUCCACUUCUUUUGGACUUUGGUGGAUAGUUGUCUCAUUUGCAAUCAUACCACAUCUCCUUAUUUUUAUAUACAUUUAUGAACACUUGCCUCUAAUUUCAAAUGUACAAACUCCGUGUCCUGAUGAAUGACAAAUAAUCACUGAAAUCGAUCGAUAAUAUGAGACAUAUCAGCAUGCCGUGUGCAGAGUAUUGUCCAUCCUCUCCUUUGCAAUGGUCUUUGUUUUUGUUGUACACCCAUCCAAAACAUUUUUUUCAAUAUUUUUUCUAUCGUAAUUCUGGAUUUAUCUUCAUUUACAUCUGAACAUUUAAAAGACAGGGGUGUAAAACAAUACAUAGAAACAUUAGGAGCUACAUAACACAAAAAUACUUACCAAACUGAACCUAGAAAGAAUACCCAAAAUUCAACAAAGGUUAAUUUUGUCUCAAAGAGACGGAACCUUAGUUUCUAACUUAUUUAUUAAUUAUAUAAACGAGGAAUUUUAGAAGUGUAUGAUUAAGCUAUGUCAGUUUGGUUAUUCUGUAAUUACAAUUGAGUUGUUGUCUAAAACAGUUAUAGCUGAAAGGAGUGGUAAUUUGUAUUCUUCUGGUUAUGCAGCUUAACUACAAUCUCACUUACCCGUAGAAACUCGCCUAAUAGUCGAUCCUACUAUAAGUCGGGGGCCCUUUUCAGCUCCAAAUUCUAAGGAUUUAGUCUUGACCCUCGUAUAAGUCGGACAAAAUUUGGGCAUUUUUUUUUCAGCUGACAGUAACUGAACGCCGGUAAAACCAAUGCAAAUCCAGGAAUAAUAUUCAUUUCUGCAUUAAUGUUUGUUUGGUUUGAAUUUAGUUGAUGCUCAUCAUGAUAAUUUAUAUUGCUGUUAAUAAUAAAGAUGUAUUCAUUUC